AUGUUGUGCUCAAGGAAUGUUUGGAUAUUGGUAUUGUGUUUACUACAAAUUGCUGCUGUUUCCCUGUUCAUUUCGGGUUUCUUUCACAAACAAAUACAUUUAUUGGAUUCCGAAAGCAGUGAACAAGAUGUGAACAAAUUUCUAGAUGAAUGCCCUCAUGACAGCAUCUUGAGGAAAGCAGUAAAGAAGCAGAUAGUAGCAAAAAUGGUGAUAAUAUUAAUUGAUGCUUGGCAAGAGCAGUUUUUCUAUCGCCGAAAGGCCAUGCAAUUUUUACGUCAAUUGACAAACGACGGCCAAGCUGUCGCCUUCAUUGCUCAUGUGCAAACGCCUACUGUAACAAUGCCAAGGAUUAAGGCAGUAACAGCUGGUGUGAUACCUUCAUUUGCUGAUGUUGUGAUGAAUUUUGCAUCUACUUCCAUAACAAGCGAUAAUAUCAUUGAUCGACUUAAUGAUAAGGGUUACAGAUGCACGUUUUGCGGCGACGAAACAUGGCUACGACUAUUUCCGAAUCGUUUCGAUAACCAUUCGGCAGGGGUUACGUCAUUCUACGUCAAUGAUUUCAAAGAAGUUGAUGAUAAUGUAACAUUUUGUAUGCGUUCACGGCUUGAGAAUAGUGCUGCGGAUACGUGGGAUGUGAUGAUUCUGCAUUACUUGGGACUUGAUCAUAUAGGACAUUCUCUGGGUGGCACUCACAGUGAGCUGAAUAAUAAACUUAUUGAAAUGGAUUCCGUUAUCAAAGAAAUUUACGAAAAACUCCAGAAAGUAUAUGACACGAACUUUUCCAUAAUUGUGUUUGGUGAUCAUGGAAUGACCGAAGGUGGAAGUCAUGGUGGUUCUUCAGAAUUAGAAACCCAUGUACCCAUUGUUUAUGUUGAUGGAAGGAAGCGACGUACUAGCAACGAAACGUUCUGUGUAGCAUCAGUUGAGCAAGUCGAUAUUGUUCCAACAUUGGCAACUCUUUUGAAUAUUCCAAUUCCGAAAGAAAGUCUUGGUGUUACGCUUUUACCUUAUAUUACCACAGAUAGGUCAAAUCUUUCAGUAUUAUUAUUCGUAUUGCAAAACGCUGAACAGUUUCGAAAGUUGUAUGGAACAUCAAAUGUGCUAAACCACUGUGUCAGUCAUUUUUAUGACAGUUUGCAAAAAUAUUGUGCAAUAAAUUCUUCUGUAAAUGUUGAUGGAUUGAUUGGGGAAUGUUUGGAGGAAUUACACAAAAUUCAAUCACAACUUAUACAUAAGAAAACGAAUUUCGAUGUUAUACAGAUAGUGAUUGCUAUUGGUCUCUCUUUUACUGUGUCAUAUAUUUCUUCUUGUUUGGUUGGUUCUACAUAUUCAUAUGAUAUCUAUGCUUUCCAAAAUGGUGAUCUUUCAACAAAUUUAGCUCUUUUUGCCCAGUUAUUACACUUUGCCGCAUCGUUUGCGUCAAGUUUGAUAGAAGAAGAACAUGACUUACAAUAUUUCUUUUUUGCUUCUUGCCUUUUUGUUAUGCUUCUGGAAGAACUUCAUAUCUGGUUAUUUAGUCAUAAUAACAGAAGAAUUCGUUCCUAUAAUUCAGCGAAAUCCCAGAAGAUAAUAACAAUAUUAUUUUCAUUAAUAAUUCAUCGUUUAUGUCGAAGUUACACAGAAUCAAAUCGACGACGUUGGAUUCUGGAAAGAAAUAUUAGUCAAAGCAACAGAAUUGGUUUUCUGAAUUAUUACGAGAUUUUUACGAGCAUCGGUGGUUCUAGCGAUAUGCCGGAUAUUGCAUCCUUGUUGAAACAGUUUAACAACUUGCGUUUCAUUUCUUGUUCAUUAUCUCUGAUUUUAAUUGGUACUCUGUUAAUUUUAUAUUACGGUAAAAGGACAAGUCAUCCAAAACUUAUACGUUUCUUGAUACUAGCUAUUCUAUUUGGAACAUUUCUGGUGCAUCAUUACAAAUCUCAGGUUGUAUUUUUAAUGGUAUUCAUAUUGAAUGUGUUUUUGUUGCUAUUACUUCGAGAUCUGUCUCUAAGCUUAAUCGUUUGGGCAGUGCUUAUCAUGCGAACAUAUAAUCUACCACUUGCUGUUCUACAAUUGUUUCUGGGAUAUUGCUUAGCACGGAUUGAUGCGACACCAUUAUUGAUUAUCCGUGCUAUCUUUUCCUCGUUUUUUUAUUUGGGUAAUUCGAAUAAUUUUUCAACAGUCGACAUUGCGGUUGGAUUUGCUGGCGUUGAAACCUAUCAACCAAUACAAAUUGCUGUACAAAUUAUACUCAGUACUUAUUCUGGACCACUGUUGAUAGUAUUUGGUUGGUGGCAGUAUUUAGUUGAAGAAUCUGUCACAUCGAUUUCACUAUCACAUAAACGAAAUUCACUGCUUUGCUGGAUAUCCUCUGUGUUGCAACUCAAUGUGUCAUUGUGUUUGUUAUCUCUGUAUAUUCAACGUUAUCAUCUUUUUGUUUGGUCUGUUUUUGCUCCAAAAUUUGCAUAUGAAUUUUCUCAUCUUGUGCUACUCACUGUAGUUAACAUUCUGGUUUACAUUUAUGACAAGUUUGAUUUAUGA